UGUCUUUGAAAUUUCCAAAUAGUUUAAAACAACUGCCAUUUCUAUUUUAUUAAACUGAAAAGAUUAGAAUUUGAAAUUUAUCAAAAAAUUACAAAAAGGAACGAAUAACAAGUAGAUGUUAACGGUUAUCGACAACGAACAUUUUACCAUUUUAUCGACCAAAUACUGUAAAAAAUAGAAGAAAAAUUCCGUGUAAAGAAUUAUAUUAAUGCAACUAAUCGAGAAAUAAUUUAAAAAAUGUCGUUAUAAGAAAAAAAAGAAACAAUAAGGUCAGAGAGGUCAACGAUAUCUAACAUUAAAAAACAAUUCGAAAUAUUUAAGAAAAUAAAUAGAAUUAUUCAAAAAUAAGGAUCGUCGUUAAAAGUUAGAAUGUCUGAGGGAUCGGAACAACGUCAUUCAUGUUCCAGGGGGGACGGAUGAGAAAUUUUUGGCGCGGUCGUCUGGUUCCAGUCCGUUCACUUUGGAGCGGAAGGCGAGAAGAGGCACACGUUGUAAACUCUUCUGUUCGUAGUUAGGACUUCGAAGUUACCGCGUGUUUGCAGUAUGUCGAAUAAAAUUGGUCCUAACGGGAAGAGUUCAAGAAUUUCAGAAGGGAAACCUCACCCAACUAUCUUACGAAGGAAAAGGAAAGCAGUUGUUAGUCCAGCGAAAGAAACAAAACUAAAAAGGAUAUCUGAAAAUGGAAAUAACAACAAUGAAUCAUGCUCAAUUAUUUAUGAAGACAUUAAUAAAGAAGAGAACAAUCCUGGAAAUAAAACUCCAGUGGAUUUAGUUUCAUUUAGUAAUUUCAGGAGCCUAACUUGUUUGUUUACACCUGAGUCUUCACAUUCUUUGCAGUCACCUUUGCCUUAUUUCAAUUGGGCAAAUUCUCAGGAUGUUUGGGAUGUACUAGUGAAAAAAGAUAUAACUUAUACUAGAAAUCAUAACAUGUUGAGUCAGCAUCCAGCACUAAAUUCAAGAAUGCGAGCAAUCUUACUUGAUUGGCUAAUUGAGGUGUGUGAUUCAUAUCGGUUACAUAGAGAAACAUUAUACUUAUCUCAGGAUUUUGUUGACCGCUACCUCAGUGUACAGGAAGAUAUACCUAAAGAACAACUCCAACUAGUUGGGGUUACUGCCCUAUUUAUUGCUUCUAAAAUUGAGGAAAUUUAUCCUCCAAAAAUAAGUGAUUUUGCAGACAUUACAGAUGGAUCUUGUAGAGAAGAUGAAAUUUUAGAUAAAGAAAUGGUUAUUCUUAAAGCAUUAAACUGGGACCUUAUGCCAAUUACAGUGAACAAUUGGCUAAAUAUAUAUUUGCAAUUGGCUACAAUUAAAGAAGGAAACAAUGAUAAAGAAAAUUUUCUGCUACCUGAUUUUUCAAGUCAUCAAUUUUUGAAGCUCUCACAAUUGAUUGAUCUCUGUAUGCUGGAUAUUGAUUGUUUACAGUUUUCCUAUAGAACAUUAGCAGCAUCUGCAGUAUAUUUAAUGAUGUCAGAGAGAAUUGCAACUGCUGUUUCAGGUCUUAGGAAGUCUGAUAUAGCUGCAUGCAUAGAUUGGAUGUUACCAUUUGCUCUUACUGUUCAGGAAUGUGGAGAAAGUUAUAUUAAUUUACCAAAUGUAGAUCUGCAAGAACAUAAAUAUAAUAUUCAACAUCACAAUGUUAAUUUGGAAUUACUGGAUAAAGCAAAACUUCGACAAAGUGAAAUUCUAACACAGAAGAAGCCUGCAGAAAUAAGUGCAAAUGAACUCACCCCACCAAGUAGUGAUAAAAAAAAGGGACGAUCAAAUGCAUACUAGUAAAAUCAUUAUCCACUUGAAUUUUACUAGUUUUUAAAUGUGAUCUAAUGAUUUUCUAGUACAAUAAUAGUUGCUGAACAAAACUGUAUUAUUUGCAGUUGAAGAUAAAUAUGCAACUGAACAAACAAUGACUUCUAGUCAUUACACUGCCAUUAAGUACACAACGAAUAAAAUGAAUUUACCCACCCAUUUUAAAUCAUUAAUAAAUAAGCCAAGGUUGUGGGAAUUAAAAAAUAAUCUAAUUUGGGAAAUUUUUUACAAUUUUUUAAUCAUAAAAUUUUGUCCUUAUGGUUGUUUAUAUAUAAAAUUGUUGUAACUUGUAUACAGUUGAGCAUUGUACAUUUUAAAUUUUUUAUGAAAUUUGUACAGUUUUAAAACUGAUGCAUAAAAUAUCUAUAAAAUAAUAUCUUGUAUCAUCAUUUUACCAUUUCAUGUAUUAUAUAAAUCACUGCCAUGUGCAUUUAACAUGUCAAUGCUCAUAUAAGAAGUCAGUAUUGGGUGCAAUUUAUUUAACUUUUUGUUCAAUUUGGCUUAUUAAUAUUAAGGUCAUCUUGCACAUUUUUGAUUUGAUCGUCAUUAGAUGAUUAGGAGCAGCUUGAGAGGAUUGACAGUUAAUGCAGGACAAUGAAACUUAUGUAACUCCAUUUGUGGAGAAUUUGUUGAUAUUUGAAUCUAUAAAAGUCUUCAAAGCACAAUAAGCAAAUUGAAAUUUUUGAAAAACGUUGUUCUAACAUGUAUUUAUUUAUUUUUUGAAAUCAUUUAAUAUGUUGCAAAUUUAUCACUUAAUUAAAAUCAAAUUAUAUAGAAUGCACACAGACACAGAU